CACACCCUGAACUCUUUUUAGGGUGGGUUUUACGACGGUGAUGUUUUCUUCUGACGGCGUCAGUUCGAAAAAAAGACGAACCGUGAACAUGUCUGACAAGCAAAAAGACGAAUGCGGAGGAAGUGUUGCUACAGACAGCACACCAACAGGUGAAAGCAGGCAAGUAUGCACGGAAAACCAAACAGAGACCGACUCCUUCAUCAGAAGCUACCUGGAUCCUGCAGAGGAGUACAAGAUGGGCAACAAACGACGAGGUCUUGCACUCAUCUUUAAUCAGGAGCGCUUCUUCUGGCGCCUGGGCCUGAAUGACAGAAAUGGAACCAAUGCUGAUCGUUACAAUUUGGAGAAAAGACUGAAGGAUCUAAACUUUGAAGUGAGGUGUUAUGAUAACUACAAGCUGGAGGAUGUCCUAGAAGAAAUCCACAAAGCUGCGGAGGCAGAUCACUCAGAUGCUGAUUGCUUUUUCCUCGCCUUCCUGAGCCACGGAGAGGAUAACCACGUUUAUUGCUACGAUGGAAAAAUCAGUAUCCAGGAGAUCACGUCCAUGUUCAAGGGAGACAAGUGCCCGGACCUUGUUGGAAAGCCAAAGAUCUUCGUAAUACAGGCAUGUCGAGGAGAAAAGCAUGAUGAUCCAGUCACCCCUGCUGAUGCAGUGGAUAGCAAAGUAGAGGUGUUUGUGGAUGCCAGUGCCAUACACACGCUCCCUGCUGGGGCUGAUUUCAUCAUGUGCUAUUCUGUGGCUGAAGGUUAUUACUCACACCGGGAGACUAUCAAUGGCUCCUGGUAUAUCCAAGAUCUGUGUGAAUUGCUCCAAAAGCUUGGUGAUACCCUGGAAUUCACAGAGUUACUCACGCUGGUCAAUAGAAAAGUGUCCAUGAGGAGUGUUCUGAGAGCUCGUGACCCACACGCUAUCGGGAAGAAGCAAGUACCUUGUUUUGCUUCAAUGCUCACCAAGAAACUUUACUUCCGACCAAAAAAGUAACACUGUCACACCUCAGUCUUUCAAUAAGCGGGUUUAUGUGUUUUUUUUAACUAGAUAGGGCUUCUGAACAGGAAUUUACACUUGGCACCAGAUUAAGACUAAAUGUAUAUAAUUUUCUGCAUCACCAUCUGAUUAUGAACACAUGCAAAGUGACCAUCUAAUGCAGUUUGUGGCUUCAUUCUGCGCCUGUUAAGCUCAAUGGGGGGCAUAUGUAAAACAUGUUUCUUUGGCAAAGAAUUAGUGUUGUUCUUAUGGCAAAAUUUAAAUAACUAAACAGUGAAAACGUGGCUUCUAGAAGAUUAAAAAAAACAAAUGAACUGUUUAGUCUUGGUCAGACUUUCCCAGUUAUCUGUGAAUGCAAACAAAUAGUUGGCAUUAUAAUGGAAUCCAACCCAACAACCCUUACAGUAACUGAUAUUUGAAAUGUUGUUGGAAAUAGAGAUGCUGUUUUACUUAGUGAGCACAACUGUGGCUGUCUUCUGACUAAGUUGAAUAUCCAUCCAUCCAUCCUCUCCUGCUUAUCCAAUUCAGGGUUGUCAGGGCCAGCUGCCAUAGGUCGAGAGGCAGAGUACACCCAGGACAGGUUGCCAGUCUGACUAAGCUGCUUAUGACACAAAAUAUAGCAAGACCUAAUGAGUUUAUAGAGAACAUUCAAUUGAAAAUCAGCUGUAUUUACCUCAGGCCUGUAGUGCUGACUAUCCAUCUUGAUUGCUUUAGUAAUGAAUUAAUUACAGAGUUUGGUGAUAUCAGCUGUUGAAACGACCACUCUGCUUGAAUUUAACACAACUAAAUGGCACUUAUCUCGUAAGACAUAAGGACCCAGAAGUAUAUUUGUAAAAUGUCCCCUUUCAGGAAUUAUUACCUGAGUAUUAAAAAGAGUUCAUGUGGGAAUGCCAGGAUGUUCAAGUUAAUGGCCUCACUCCGGCUGAGCUUCACUGACAGCUAGCCACACGUUUCUUUUGAUGAUCAGAUUUAGUUCCAUACAAAGAAAACAGUUCUUAAAUGUGAUUUGUUGUUUUAGUCCUUUAAGCAUAAUGA